AUGACGAACCAGCGCGCCUCGAAGAGAAGAAGGGUCUCCGAUGUGGAUGAAGAGGGGGAUACAGAGAUGCGCGACUCCAAUGGCCUCCCUUCGUCACCGUCAGUGAAAGAUGAAGGAUCUGACGACGACGCAUAUACCCCGGCUACCCCGACAAGAUCCACGCGGCGGCGAGCGUCGCGACCAACUCAGAAGGUAGAACAGGAUAAUGAAGGAGAAGCGAAUACCGAGACACCUGCCAAGACUGGGUUACGGUCGAGUGGAAGACAACGGAAGCCGCCGCAGAGGUUCGAGCAAGAAUCGAAGGCUCCAUCCUCGGCGAGGAAGAUGGCCGCGACGCCUAGGAGUACUGCACACACCCCGAGAAGCACGCGGAAGACCAGACAGGCAUCUGAAGUGGAGGAAGAGGAUGAAGAGGAAGAUGAUGAAGAGGAAGAGGAAGAGGAAAGGGAAGAGGAAGAGCAAUCGCCGGAGCCGCAGCCGACUUCGCUAGCGAGGACAAGGUCGAAGAGAGUCACUGUGAACUACAAUGAGGAUCAAGAGGAGAGACGAGAGAACACGGGGCGAUCCGGCUCACCAGAUGAGGGCGAUCAAGACGGGGUUGAUGAUUUGGUUGCGAUGCAGUUACAGCAAGACCUCCAUCCUGAACAGGGUGGUAAAGACGACGCGCUGCCACCAACAGAACCGCUGCCUGACUACGCCGAGGAUUUUCAAACUAUGGCCCAGGGUAACAACUUUCAAAACGAGCUCAAGGUGCUGACACAGGUUGUGAUUGAAAAGCUCAAUGGAAAAAGACCAGUUCCUUUGAAGGGGCUGGAGAGCGAGUAUCAGAAGGUCUACCACCUCGUUGAGCAAACGGUUACUUCUGGCGAAGGUAACUCGAUGUUGCUUCUUGGAUCUCGAGGCUGUGGAAAGACGGCUAUAGUCGAGACCGUACUCUCAACCUUAGCAAGAGAACAUACGAAUGAUUUCCAUGUGGUCCGUCUCAAUGGCUUCCUGCACACUGAUGACCGACUGGCCCUCCGUGAAAUGUGGCGCCAACUCGGCCGUGAGAUGAAUACAGAGGAGGAAGCCGGCAAGAUUAGCAACUACGCUGAUACUAUGGCUACAUUACUGGCCUUGCUGUCUCAUCCAGAAGAGUUGUUUGGUCCGGGUCAAACAGACGGUGUGACUGCUGCCAAGUCGAUUGUGAUUCUGCUGGACGAGUUCGACCUAUUCGUAUCGCAUCCGCGGCAGACAUUGCUCUACAAUCUGUUUGAUAUCGCGCAGGCGCGAAAGGCUCCGGUUGUGGUGAUUGGACUUACCACCAAGGUCGAUGUGACGGAAAUGCUGGAGAAGCGUGUCAAGAGUCGAUUCAGCCAUCGAUACGUUUUUGUCCCGCUGCCUAGGAGUUUUGAGACGUUUUCGGAGAUUUGCUUUGCUGGGUUGAAUCUCGAGGAUGGUGAACUGGCGGGGUAUUAUGGAACUGGUGCCAAAGCUGAGCGUUGGGGGAAGCUCCUCGAGGGCUGGGAAGCAUAUCUAGAGGCCCUAUGGAACGACGAAAACUUCCGCCCCCAUCUAAUGAGGAUAUAUAACCAAACUAAAUCCGUUAAAGAAUUCUUUACCGGCGCAUUACUCGCCAUAACCGAACUCCACCACAGCACCUACACCAGCCCACCAGAAGACCUCACAAUCCCAACGCCCAAAACCUUCGCCAACGAGCCCCUCACCUGUCCCGAUCCCGCACCCCUCCCCUUCCAGCCCUCCACAACCAUCUCCUCUAGUCCAUCCUCCCUCCCCCUCUCCCUCCUCCUCGCCGCAACCCGCCUAACAGCCCUAUACGACCCAGGCAACGACGCCACGGCCCAACCACAGAGCCUCGCCCCACUCGCCCUAUCCUUCCCAGCAGCGUAUGCGGAAUACGUCCGGCUCCUGACAUCAGCCAAGGUCUCUGCGUCAGUUUCCGGGGCUACUGCUACGGCCGGACGGGUCUGGGGCCGGGACGUGGCCCGUGAGGCGUGGGAGAAGCUCGUGAGUUGGGGACUGGUGAAUCCGGUUGGUGGGGGGAGUGGGACGGCCGAUGGACGGAUGUUUCGGGUAGAGGUUAGUUUUGAGGAGGUUGUUGAGAUGGCUGGGUCUGGGGGGUCGUUGGGGAGAUGGUGGAGGGAUGCUUAG